AUGACACUAACAAUUAAACAAAAGGUGGAGAAUCUUCGUCAGGUAAUGACACAGAACAACAUACAAGUCUAUGUCGUACCUAGCGAUGAUGCUCAUCAAAGUGAGUACGUCUGUGAAUAUGAUCACCGACGUGAAUACAUCAGUGGGUUCAAUGGAAGUGCUGGUACUGCUGUAAUAACCACAGAUCAAUGUCUACUUUGGACCGAUGGUCGCUACUGGCUACAGGCCGGACAACAACUCCAAUCAGAUUGGAAGAUCAUGAAGGACCGUGUCCAAGGCGAACCAACCAUCGAGGAGUGGAUCUCAAAGACUCUUCCAGCUGGUACUACCAUUGGUAUGGACAGCAGAUUAAUCGCCAAAAGUUCCUACGACAAGUUCAGAUUGGCAGUGGAGAAGGCCAACCAAAAGAUCAUCACUUUGGAGCAUAAUCUUGUCGACCACGUGAGAGAGUCUCUAAAGAGUGAGGAACCAGUCAGUAGUUAUCCAACUGAGCCUGUAUUCUUCUUGCCACUUGAGUACUCUGGAAAGAGUAGCACAGACAAGAUCAAAGAGAUCAGAGAAUCAUUGGUCAGAGAGAAGGCUGACUUUGUUGUCAUUACUGCAUUGGACGAGGUGGCAUGGCUGCUCAACUUGAGGGGAUCAGACGUUACCUUCAAUCCAGUCUUCUUAUCAUAUGCCAUCGUUGGACAUACUACUGCCCAAUUGUUCAUUAAUGAACAAAAGGUACCAGCUGAUGUUAGAGCAAACCUACCUGGUGUAGAGAUCUGUUCGUAUGACAGCAUCUACUCCACCUUGAGAUCCUACUCGGAGCAGAAGAAGAGAGUCUGGAUAGACCCAAGAUCAAGUCUGUCCAUUUACAAUUGCGUCAACAAGGACAAUCUCAUUGAGAAGGACAACCCAAUACUCCUAGCCAAGGCCAUCAAGAACCCAGUAGAAAUUGAGGGUUUCCGUCAGUGCCACAUUCGUGACGGUGCUGCCCUCGUCCAGUACUUGGCUUGGCUCGAGGAGGAGAUCGUCGUCAAGCACAACUCCACAUUGACAGAAUACUCUGCUGCCCAGGUCCUAGAGAACUACCGCACCAAGGUUCAUGAUUACAUCAGCCUUUCUUUUGCAUCCAUCUCAUCAAUUGGUUCCAAUGGUGCCAUCAUUCACUACAGCCCUUCAAAGGAGACGUGCAAGACAAUCGAUAACCAGGUCUAUCUUAUAGACUCUGGAGGCCAAUACCGUGAUGGUACCACAGAUGUCACAAGAACAACACGCUUUGGUACUCCUACCGACCAUGAGAAGCAAUGCUACACUCGUGUGUUGAAGGGACACAUCCAACUGUCCAUCCUAAAGUUCCCACCCAAGAUCAACGGCUAUCAGAUAGAUUGUAUUGCCCGCGUACCAUUGUGGAGUGUUGGUCUCGACUAUGGACAUGGCACUGGACAUGGUGUUGGUGCAUUCCUCAACGUCCACGAGGGUCCACACAGCCUUACUUUCAGGUCCCUUCCCCAUCACUAUCUGAUCUGUCCCAACAUGACUCUGACCAAUGAGCCUGGCUACUACGAAGAGGGCAAGUUUGGUAUGAGGAUCGAGAAUGUAAUGGUCACUGUACAAGUGCAGCUUCCACACAGCAACUCCUUCAUUGGAUUCGAGACUGUGACCAUGACGCCCUAUGAGCGUGAUCUCAUCAUUCCUUCCUUGCUCUCCGAGGAGGAGAUGCAGUUUGUCAACAACUAUCACGCUGAGGUUCUUCAAAAACUCACUCCAUUACUUCAGUCUGACCCACGUGCACUUGACUACCUCAGAAAGAAGACUGCUCCAUUGUCAAAG